AAACCAGUUCUCGCGCAGAGCUGCAAGCGACCAGACGGCUUCGCCAUGGGACCCAUCAGGAAUCCCGUCAUCAAGUUCACUCAGAUAUUCAUCAACAACAAAUUCAUCGACUCCUUCUCUGGGAAGACGUUUGCCACGUUUAACCCGGUCAGUGAGGAAAAGAUCGCUGAUGUUCAGGAAGGAACCAAAGAGGACAUCGACGCGGCUGUGAAGGCAGCAAGAGAAGCGUUCAAGCGGGGCUCCAAAUGGCGAACCAUGGACGCUUCACAGCGCGGGGCCAUCAUCAACAGGUUGGCCGACCUGAUGGAACAGAACGCCGACUACAUGGCUAGCUUGGAGACUUUCAACAAUGGGAAGCCUUUCACGGAAGCCGUGCACGACAUCAAGUUUGCCAUGAACUGUCUGCGAUACUGCGCCGGCUACUGCGACAAGGUUCAUGGGAAAACAGUUCCAGCAGAUGGCAAUGUUUUCGUUUAUACAAGACGCGAACCUAUUGGAGUCAUCGGGCAAAUCAUUCCGUGGAACGUACCGAUGGUGAUGUUCUGCUGGAAGAUCGGCUCUGCCCUGUGCACGGGAAACACGGUUGUCGUGAAGCCAGCAGAACAGACGCCCUUGACGGCGUUGUACACGGCCAGCCUGGUGGCUGACGCCGGCUUUCCUCCGGGUGUCGUCAACGUGGUGCCCGGAUUCGGGGAGACCGCGGGCGCCGCCCUUUCCAACCACAUGGACGUAGACAAGAUCGCCUUCACUGGAUCCACGCAGGUUGGCCGACUGAUGCUCAAGGCUUCGGGCGACACAAACUGCAAGCGCGUCUCACUGGAGCUGGGCGGAAAGAGUCCCCUGAUUGUCUUCCCUGAUGCCGACCUGCAACUGGCGGCGACGGUGGCGCACCGAUGCGUGUUCAUGAACACGGGCCAAGUGUGCUGCGCCCCAACGCGUGUCUUCGUGCACGAGGAAGUGUACGAGCAGUUCGUCGCUGCCUCCGUCGCGAUGGCCAAGGCGCGUGUGCUGGGUGACCCCUUCGAAAGCACCACCAACCAGGGACCGCAGAUCAGCAAGGAGCAGAUGGAGCGCGUUCUGGGCUACGUUCAAGCUGGCAAGCAGGAGGGCGCCCGCCUGCACUGUGGAGGCCAGCGUCACGGCAGCCGCGGAUACUUCGUCCAGCCGACCGUCUUCUCUGACGUGCACGAUGACAUGAGCAUCGCUCGUGAGGAAAUCUUCGGCCCCGUCCAGAGCCUCUUCAAGUUCAGGACCACGGAGGAGGUCAUCGAACGGGCCAACCGGACCGCGUACGGGCUCGCGGCGGGACUCUUCACCCGCGACUUGAACACGGCGCACACCGUGUCACAUGCUCUUCAAGCGGGCGUCGUGUGGAUCAACACGUUCAUGGAAAUCAGCCCGCAGACUCCGUUCGGCGGUUACAAAAUGUCAGGACUGUCGCGGGAAAUGGGUGAAGAAGGCAUCCUGGCAUACACGGAAGUCAAAACGGUUGUGACGAAUAUAACGGAGAAGAAUUCGUGAACAUUCACUUGGCGGUAGCUUUUGCAACUCACGCUGCCUUACAAUUUUUGCUAGUUUUUAUUAAU